AUGUUGCCCUGCAAACACCCGAAUUCAUUCCAUGAUUGCUGGUGUUGUCAUGGGUUGGUUGAUGAUGCAGCGUUUUUUGGUCUUUCUUACAUCUCGAAGACUGGAGUUAGCGCGACACUUUCGAAGGCAGUCGUUCCAAAUGGGGUCCAUUUUGUCGUUCUUUUUUGCGAAGCAGCUUCCAGCUCCAGAAGCACAGGCAGGGCAAGGUAG